AUGUCGGCCUCGCCCUCGCCCUCAACGAGCGCGCUUAUCGAGCAUGCGAAACCCCCAUCUGGCAGCAGCCACGAGCGGAGCAACUCGAGCGUCUCGCCCUCCAAACGGAUCCCACUCAAGCGCCAACAGCAAGAGCAGCAGCAGCGACUGCAAAAACUGGGCCAACGACCCAAAGAAGCGGUGCGGCACGAUAUCGAGUUGCUCAGCGACUCUUCGUCCGACGACGACGAGCAACCCGACGAACCGCUGUUGCAAAGGAAGAGGAGGGCCAGUCAAAACAACGCCGCUUCGACGACCGCAAAGCCUUCGUCGGCUCGAGCGGGUCCGAGUCAAGCCUCAAAGGCACCGGCAUCCCACAACCCACCUGGAAGGCCAACCAAGAAGAAUGCGCGGUCGUCGGACAGUAGUGCCGAGUCCGACGAAUCGACCGAGACCUCGGGGUCGAAUUCGUCGUCUUCUUCCGCGACGCCCAUGAUGGAGCGCAAAAGGAGGCUUUCGAAGGAGACGCUCAAGACCAAGAAGAGGAAGACCUUGGGUGCAGGAAAGCGAGCAGAUGCAGAGGAUUCGGACAUCUCAGCGAGCAAGGCAGCCAACGCCGGCGUCGCCUCAACUGUGCAAAAGAACGCCAGCACACCCAAGCUACAAUGGCAAGUGUCGAGGAACCAGGGGCACGAUCCUGUGGGCGGCUCUCACAUCGCGGGAAAGGGCAACGGUAAGCGGAAAAGUACCGGGAAAGGGGACGAGGAUGAAGUCGACGAGGCCUUGUCGUGCGAGCUUUCCUCGGUGACCCACGAAGGCAAUACGACCAAGGAGAAGGCAAGGGCUCCCGUCACCCAGCAGCGGGUACCAGAUGACGAAUCCUCGUCGACCAAAUCAGCCGCGACAGCUAGGAUGCACCCGGCUCGGUUGAAGAGCAAGAAAUCGAACGAGAGGCUGUGUCAAGAUGAUUCGGAGCGGAGAUUCAAGAAGAAAAAGGACUCCGAGGGUGAGGGAGUCGAUCAAUCGGCAAUCACAUCUGGGCCUACCCCGACCACGAUGAGCGCAAAGCAUCAAAAGUACUCAACCGGAUUGGCGCUGAAUGUGGCAUCGAAACCACCUGCGAAGACGACACCGGGCGGACCUGCACUCGUCAUCAAAGUACCAGUAUCGGGAUCUGGCGCAGCUUCGGCCACUCGAGAUGCUCCAUCGACGAGCUCAGGUGCCGUGGCAUCGAUAGCGCAAGCAAAACCUAGCCCGAAGCAGGCCCUCACCUCUUCCUUUCGACCUCAAAAUCCGAAUGAACUGGAAGUGGUCACACCGACGUCGGCAAUGUCGACUCCCUCGAAAACUAAAACCCCCAAGUCGACUGCCCUUUCCUCGAAGCCAUCAGCGCCUGUCACAUCGUCAACCGCUUCUGCAGCUUGUUCCACGCGAACGGGUAUGACCUCGUCAACACCGAAUCUCUCGCAGAUGAGAAGGAUUCCAAAAUCCGUGCCAACGCAGCAAUCGCCACAGCAAGACCUCACGAUCGAGACUGAUGACCAGGGACUUGCGUCGAACGGUCGGCUCGCCGGGACGGGGAAACCGUCGGCCACGAAUCACCGUCCCGAAACGUCGCGACGAGUCAGCUCAAGCGCUGCGUCGGACUUUCGCUUUACGCUGAAAGAAGAAGCCAUCACCGGCUGGUCAUCAGUUGGUGGGUGGUCGCCUGGGUCAUCGGAACUGGUCUCCCCGGUUUGGGUGCCCUCACCGGCCUCGUCGGAGCCGUCGCCAUCUUCCAGCUCUCCUACACGUUCCCGCCUUUCCUCAUGCUGGGCCUCACCGUGGGUAUGGACGCCUCGCUCGCCGAUGUGCCUUUUACCACUCCCGGUGUCGCCCCCAAGCGUAUCGACACGUGGCGCGAUUUCGUAAGUUGCCUGGUUCUCUUGUGCUCAAGCUUUUCAAGUGAGCCCCUCGCUGAGAGCUCAUCUGCUUCGCAGUCGCGCUGGAAGCGUGGUUUCGCGGCCGGUGGAAGCAAGCGUCUCGCAAACAAGUAAGUCGAACAUGUAGGACUCAUCACCGAAGCUCGUACUUGAGCUCAUCCUGCCUUCGAUCCGCACGCACUGCAGGAUCUUCAACGUGUUCUUCUUCAUCGGUGCUCUCGCCAUCGGGGGUCUCGGCAUGUGGGGGACGGGAACGACUCUUGCUCAGACGAUCAAGGCCGGAGCAGCUUCGUCUUUCGGAUGUGCCGCACCCGUCUAAGGAUGGGGUUACCGACACCUACAGCCACGGGGAAGGCGCCAAAUCGCCCGCAAAUUUUGAUGGAGGCGGCAUGACUUUGAUGAAUCUACUAUACUGAUCAAUCGUUUUUCGAUUUACGAGUAUAUUUCAUUGUGCUAUAUAAUGAUUCUGCUUCACACCCAUUCUUUUGGAAUUCCAGAGAGCGACGUGUCCGGCGACCGCAGUUAGUCUUACGAGAUCGUGUAGCCGUCAGAUGUCUUGAUCGAGUUGGAUUCAGGAGAGAAGGACUCGACAGCGGCCGAAUAGUGCUUGACUCCGGAAGGAAUCACAUCCUGCAGAGGUUUCCGGCGGGGUGGUCGAGGGACGACGCGAGGAAUUUGGCCACUGGGGUGAAAGUUGAUGAGCUGGGAGCAGCGCGGUUUGGGGAGGGAUUGGGGAGGGGAGGUGACGACGCGGAGAGCAGAGCAACCACACCUUCUCACAAGGGCAAUGCCGCCAGCAAAAACGUUGGUCCAGAUCUUGGAGCAAGUGAACGCACAAUUAGCGACGACGGUCAAACUUCUCUUCCGCGCGGAGGGGUCCGAGCUCACCAUCUGGUCGAGCACGGGGGACUCGGGCCCGAACGCGGAAGCUCAAGCUCAAGCUUAGACCGAACCUAACGCCAGCCUGCUCCUCGCAGUCGCCUCUCUCCCUCCCACCACCUCGUCGUUCGCACACCACCUCACCGUUCUGCCAGCCCAACUACACUCGGGUGAGUACCCUCAUGUUUAUCUCUGGGUCCCUGUUGCCGUCGUUCAUGGCAGUACCCCUUGCUCUCGAGCCCCGAUCAUACGUGGCGGCCAACCUGCUUGUUCGACGGCACUCCUAAGGCAGGAUUUCCGGCCCAGAGUCACAGCCAGGCUGGCGCCCACAGUGAUGUCCCGACUCGGACCACAGCGCUGAGGAACCACCAUCCUUGA